UUGUGAGAGUUGGUGACAAAACGAUGAAUUCACGUAACUUGAGGGGAUAAAAGUUCAUUCAUUUUAAUUUUAAUACAUAAAGUUUCCACUGAUUUAUCGGAAUUUCAAAGCAGUGCUCGGUAUUUCGUCGUUGCAGGGAGAGGCCGGCUCUUCAGGAAGCCGAAAUGAAAAUAUGGCGUCAGCUUGUAGGGUUUUAUCAUCAGUGAGGAAGAGGUACGCUGGAAGGUUUAAUUUUCUAGCACUUCCUUCAAGCUCUCACCAUUUGAAUUUCCACAAAGAAUCAAGCUCAAAUCCUUUGCUUAUCAAAUUACUUCGGGUAUCCAAUUCGUGCAUUAAGCCCACGCUGGAUCAGGAAUUGGCUUCCCUUAAAAGCUCCGAAUUUUCCUGGGAAUCUCUGGUUUCCUGUCUCAGGCCUUCUUCUCCUGAGAAAUCGCGGCUGGUUUUGGAAUGGAUUUUGGAGAAAUUGCUGAAAGACAAUGAAAGAAAUCACAGUGCCUUCUCCGAAUUCAUAUUUCUCUGUGCCAAGCUUCAGAAUGUGUCACUCGCUAUGCAAGCGUUUGCUUCUAUGGAGGCUAAUGGAGUUAAACCCACAUCCCUCGUUUUUAAUUCCCUUAUAAAUGCCUGCUUGUGUUCACAUAACAUCAUUACAGCAUUUAGCUUAUUUGAGAUCAUGGAAAGUUCAGAGAGCUAUGAACCUGAUUUUCAUACUUACAACAUCUUCAUUACAGCAUUUUCAAUUUCAGGGAACGUUGAUGCCAUGCUAGCUUGGUACUCAGCUAAAAGAGCUGCUGGGUUUGGUCUUGACCUUCAAACAUUUGAAUCCCUUGUAUCAGGCUGUAUCAAAUCAAACAAUUUUGAACUUGCCGAUGGAAUUUAUGAAGAAAUGAGGGCAUCGGGAAUUAUACCUAGCAUAUCCAUUCUGGAAAAUAUGCUUGAAGGGCUUUGCAAGCAAAAGAGUUUGGGUCGAGCUGAGGAGUUCUUCAAGUUUGUGGCAAGUGUCAGAUGGGAGAUCAAUGAAAACAUGACUGAUAAAUUAAUGGCAUUAUAUCAAGAAUUUGGGCAAGUGAAAAAGAUGGAGGAGCUGCUUGAAACUAUGAAGUCCCAUCCUAUUAACGAUGUAGUUCUCUCCCGAAUUCACUGUGGGAUUAUAGGGAUGUAUGCCAAACUGGAUAGAUUGGAUGAUGUAGAGUUUGCCGUGGGAAGAAUGUUGAAACAGGGACUAUCAUUCACAAGUAUAGAUGAUGUUGAAAAGGUUAUCUGCUCAUACUUCAGAAGAGAAGCUUAUGAUAGGCUAGACAUAUUCUUGGAAUGUAUAGAGACUAGCUAUACGCCCAGCAGAUCCACUUACGAUUUGUUGAUAUCUGGCUAUAGAAGAGCGGGAUUGCAUGAAAAAGUAGAUUCAAUAACGGAAGCCAUGAAAUCAGCUGGUGUUACGUAGCACCUGAUGGGGUCGUCCAAACAAAAAUGUUUUGGUCAAGAUUUGUACGCUUAACGUGUGUUUCAGAAAAUGAUGAUUCUUGUGGAAUUAGAUUCCUGUGUGGUUGAUACGAUCUAGAUAGUAUGUUUUGCUCUUCUCAAGUCUCAACUUCACUGACAUGAACUCCAUUACCAGGUUUUGGGAUGACUUCAAACAGUUAUGUCGAUAUUAUGUACUUCCAUGGUGGAUGAUGCACUGCUACUGAAUGCAGAUUUUUGCGCUUUGAUUUUA